UUGGGAGGAUGUCCAAGCUUACCAACAUGUCCAAAAUAAAUUCAGAUAUUGCAUUUACUAGGUAGUAACUGCAUUUGUUUUACAAGAUCGGCUGCAGCUGCCGGAGACAUUCCCCCCCUUCGCAUCUCUCCCUCUGCUUCUCAGUAAUUGCAUCUGAGGAUGUAGCUGCUGGAACAGCUUUCUGGAUCCCGGGGAAAAAAAAAAAAAAACUCGAGCCCUCAAUAAAUAUUUGUUGUCUGGAAGCAGGGCUGACAGGGUUGGGAAGCCGUACAUAGCUAAAACAAGUGGUGCGUGGUGCUUUGGACCGUCAGACCCAUGACAUCGAGAGCCAUGGAUGCUUCUGGGCCCGUCACCUUCUCGCACGCCUUCGGACAGCAGUGUGAGGUGAUGGAGGCAGCCGUGAAGUCACUGCAUACUUUAAAUGACCAGAUAUCCCAUUUUAUUGUGGCCCAACCAUCCCCUCUAGAGGACAAUGAAGACAUCUUCCACCCAGCUGAAAAGGAAACUUUAAAGAAGUCUAUGAUACUUAUGAGGCAACUCUUACUGGAAGCCCAGGACAACAUCCUGCAAAUGAUGGACGAGAACAAGCAGCUGGCCCUACGCAUCGAUGGGGCCAUUCAAUCGGCCAGCCAGGAGGUGACUAACCUGCGCACCGAGCUGACUGCCUCUUCCAAGCAACUUGCAUCUUUAGCUGGUGGCUGUAGGUCCGACGGCGGUCCUGGCGAUUGCCCCGGCGGUAGUUCCGCCGGUCGUUCCAGCGGGGGUUCCGGCGCUGCCAAUGGCAAGAUUCCGCAGACAGCAGCUGAAUUGCUGCUAAGGGAAGAGGUGUCGCAACUGCAGGAUGAGGUCCACUUGCUCCGACAAAUGAAGGAAAUGUUAGCAAAAGACCUGGAAGAGUCACAUGACAGCCGGUCGGCAGAAGUUUUGUCUGUUACGGAGCUGAAGGUGCAACUGGUGCAGAAAGAGCAAGAGUUGGCGAGGGCAAAGGAGUCAUUACAAGCCAUGAAGGCAGAUCGCAGGAGAUUAAAGUCGGAAAAGGCAGACCUGGUGAGCCAAAUGGAGCAGCUGUAUUCCACCCUGGAAAGCCGGGAGGAGCAACUGCGUGACUUUAUUCGAAAUUAUGAGCAGCAUCGAAAGGAGAGUGAAGACGCAGUAAAAGUAUUAGCAAAGGAAAAAGAUCUAUUGGAACGGGAGAAGUGGGAGCUUCGUCGCCAGGCCAAGGAGGCUACGGACCAUGCCAGCGCCUUGCGAUCGCAGUUGGAUUUAAAGGAGAAUCGAAUCAAAGAACUUGAAGCUGAACUUUCAAUGGCCAAGCAGUCCUUAGCAACCCUAACGAAAGAUGUCCCCAAGCGACAUUCUCUUGCCAUGCCAGGUGAAACGGUCAUAAACGGGAACCAGGAAUGGGUCAUGCACGCAGACCUCCCGCUUACUGCAGCCAUCCGACAGAGCCAGCAAACGCUUUACCACGGGCACCCUCAGCAUACCGUAGACCGGCAAGGUGUCAGAGUAAGUCCUUGCCAUUCUCGGCAACCCUCAAUCAUAUCCGACGCAUCCGCCGCGGAUGGCGACAGAUCGUCGACACCUAGUGAUAUCAACUCGCCAAGGCACAGAACGCAUUCCCUCUGCAAUUCUUUAGAAGAUCUUGAAGACCAGAAGAGGAAGAAAAAAAAGGAGAAGAUGGGUUUUGGUUCUAUUUCGAGGGUCUUUGCACGGGGUAAACAAAGGAAAUCCUUAGACCCCGGUUUGUUUGACGGUACCACCCCUGACUAUUACAUAGAGGAAGAUGCGGACUGGUGAUCAGCCGUGGAUCAGGCAUUUUCCCGCGUGUGUACACGUGAAAGGGUGUACAAAACCCGUUUACAGAACCAAGUCAAGUGAGCCUUUUACUCUGUCGGGUCAUAGGGAGUUGUUUUUUUUUCCAAACUGAUGCAUCGCCGAUUUUGUAAUUGCUGUAAAUAAUAGAGAAUGAGAUGUGUGUAUAAAUGUCCAUUGUCCGUUUAGCGAUGCCGGUGUAUUGUAAAAAUUGUCUUUACUGGAUUUCAUUUUGUAAGGUUUAUUUUGUUGGGUUAUGUUUUUCUUUUUUGUUUUCUUUUGGUUUCUUCCUUUUUUUUUAAAAACUUGAAAAACUGCUGUGUAUUUGUAAAUAACAAGAGGAAAA